AUUUUGAAGACCCAAAACUUGAUAACACUCAAGAAACUUUAAUUAAUAAUAACCUUGAGAACUUAAAUUCAGAAGAAACAAGUGAUAUCAUUGAUAUUUCUAUAAAUGAAUCUGUAGAUAAACUAACUUUUACUUUAGAAGAUAAUCAACAAAGAGGAAAAACUUUUUCUUCAGAAUAUGGAACAAAAACUUCAACAAGUUCACUUAAAGAACAUUUAAUUAAAGAGCAUAAGCAUAAU